ACCAACUGCAUCUGAUAUAUACGAUGAAUUAUGGAAAUGGUAUCAGAUAUUAAAUUAUAGUAGCGAAGAAGAUGAAAAUAAAUUAACAAUAUUAAAAGCAUCCCUACUUGCAGAAGCAAUUAUUCCAAUAUGA